UUUUCCCUUUACUCACUUUACUAGACAUGUUUUCUAGUUUAGCUGCAUAUUUUCCAUGGUUCAGUAAAAAAAACUAGCACAUAAAUACGUCCGCUUUUACUUUCUUUUGACAGAAAAAGGAGCAGUUGCACUAGAAAGACAAGAUCAAAUCAUUAUGGCUACUGUAGUUGUGCAACAGCCUCUCGGCAAGGUUGGGAUGGAAGCUUGGAAUUCAGGAAUAUGUGAUUGUUUCCAGGACUUGAGUUCUUGCUGCUAUGCCUACUGGUGCUUUCCUUGCUUUGCCUGCUCCACCACUGGGGAGUUUGGGGAGAGCACCUGUCUGCCUCUGUUGGACAUACUCGGCCCAGCUCUCAUGGCUGCGUUUGGAAUUGGAGUAUGCGUUCCGCCUGUUGGUCUGGCAAUGAGGGUGGCAGUUCGCUACAAAUAUCAAAUUGGGGGCAGUAUCUGUGAGGACAUCAUGGUGACUUGCUGUUGUAUGUGGUGUUCUUGGUGUCAGAUGAGUAGAGAAAUCAAAGCACGCAAAAACGUCAUUAACAUACAUUCCGUGGUUCAAACAGUUCCAGUGGCAGUCAACCCACAAGUUGUUGCUGUGCAGCAGCCGAGAAUGGUUGGUGCAGCACCGGUAGGAGUUGGUCCUGCAGUUCAGAUGGCACCAAUUAAUACUGGUGUCACAACAGUUGUUAUGUAGAUGUUCAAGUCUGGAGGUCUGCCACAUGUAUCUUGCUUGAGUAAUGUCAUAAAUGACCCAUAGUGUAAUAGCUAAUCUGUUUAAUCAGUAUAAAUGAUUUUGCGUGAAUGGGUUGGGUGCAUUUGGAAAUUGUGUUUAAAAGCCAAUUCACCCGCACAGACAAAUGCCAACAAACACGUUUGUUGGGUUUUGUUGGAUCAGUGUGUUACCCUUGUCUGUUGAUCAAUCAGCAUUGUUGGUGUCUUUUGGGGCUGUGAGUAUGAAAGUUAUUUUUCAUAAAAAUCUAAAUUCAGUGGCCAACUUAUUUGCUGGGGUUUGUCUGUGCGGUGUGAAUUGUUCUUGUAUUGUUAUGUUAUAUUGUUUAUUCUUUGGUAAUCAAAUGUAUUCAAAUGAUUUAUUUUUCAAAUGAUUUAAUAAAAACAGAGUAAAUUGUUAUAGAAGUC